CUGUGCCUGUGCCUGUGCCUGUGCCUGUGCCCACUGCCGACCUAGGUACAGGUACCGGUACCUACCUUAGCUAUUGCCUAAGGUCACCAGUCCACCAGUCCACCAGGAGUACCUACUCGUACUCAUUCCCUACCUUACCCAAGGUAAAUUUACCUAGAUAGCCAGCAGCCAGCCUAUCACCUUCCGCAUGCGGCGUGUGUAUGCAGGUGUACCAUGCCCAUGCGGCGUCCCGCCAAGGAAGCGUCAGGGGCAGCAAUCAACACCAGACCACUGAGACCAGACCACCCCGAGGGACUUCCGUCCGUUCUGCUCGCUCAACUUUUCAUAUGUUCGGCUGACAGCAACAGCAACAGCGACAACGACAACAAUAACGGCGGUUUCCGACCAGGCAAUUGGGCUUUCUGUCUGUCUGUCUGCCUGUCUCUCCUCUCCUCUCUCAACGCAACGCAGCGCAACGCCCGCCCGUCCGCCCACCAAGCAAGCCCCUUAUCCCCCCCCCAACUCCACUCGAGCCUCACCUACAGUCAACAGCCGACUGGACGGGCAAUAAAGAGAUUGCGAGGAGUCGAAGGUCCACGCAACGAACGGCAACAUAUGCGGGGAGAAGGAGAGCAGGAUCUUGCACGGGCUUCACAGCUCGAUACGACUUGCCAGAAGUCGUAGCUGAUUGAUCUCCAGAGCCCAGAAUGGCUUCAUCUUAUGCGCUGCCAGCGUCGGCAAUGACCCACAGCCAUGGUCAUGGACAUACACACCUCCAUUCGCACUCUCACUCGCAUUCACCAGGCCGCCAAUAUCCGGCGAGUACCCCCAAGGUCUUGCGGUCAGAACGAUCAAGCGGCAGUCUACAUUCGCAUUCACACUCCGAACCACACUUAAACCAUGGGCACAACCAUAGCCAUAGUUCCUCGCCCAGUCGUGGUCACAGCUAUGCGCGAGAUCACUCCCCGUCUCCAUAUCUCCCAACUCCUCCGAACAGUAACGACAUGUCACCAAUUGCUGAAUUCGAAAAGCAUGCCCACCAAUACGAGACUUCACCUGCACUCUCGUCAAUGAGUUCCUUCGAACCCUCCCUUAACGCUCUCGGUGUUUUAUCUCAUAGCCAUAAACAUGACCACCUCCAUCACCAUGCCCCACUGGUUGAAUCGCCGCGGUCCAAAUUUACCAGCCUGCUCUUACCAUUUGCUAUGCGCUGGCCCCUGCUCCAUACCAUAUUGGCAGACAAAGACUCUCGCAGGAUAUUUUAUUUCAUGUCAUUAAACUUUGCGUUCAUGAUCGUACAAGCCUUCUACGGCUUUUUGACGGAUUCUCUUGGACUACUCAGCGAUAGCAUACAUAUGUUCUUCGAUUGCUUGGCUCUGGGCGUUGGAUUAUUUGCUGCCGUUGCCAGCAAGUGGCCACCCAGUGAACGUUUUCCAUACGGCUUUGGAAAAAUUGAGAGUUUGUCGGGAUUUGGAAAUGGAGUAUUUUUGAUGUUGAUCAGCGUUGAGAUCAUGAUCGAGGCGGCGGAGAGACUUGCGGAGGGAAGAGAGACAAAACGACUAGCGGAACUGUUCGUGGUUAGCGCAAUGGGUCUUGCUGUCAAUCUAGUGGGCAUGGCAUGUUUCGGUCACCACGGACACCACGGACACGAUCAUGGAGGGCAUAGUCACGGUCAUGAACAUGAUCACGGACACGGUCAUUCGAACUCGCAUGAAAAGAGUCAUUUGCACGACCAUCACGACCAUCACGACCACGACCAUGCCCAAGAUCAUGAUUGCAAGAAUAGCCACGACCAUAGCACCCUUCUAUCUGAUUCACCUGCAGCCAAAGCACAUGCCCAUGUUGUUCAUGCUCACUCCCACGACAAUGAAAAUAUGCACGGUAUCUUCCUUCAUGUCCUCGCGGAUACCAUGGGUAGCGCUGCUGUCAUGGUUUCUACCGCGUUGAUCCACUUCUUCGGAUGGAAUGGAUGGGAUCCUCUUGCAUCCUGCGUUAUCGCGAUCUUGAUAUUCUUAUCGUCCAUUCCUCUCAUCAAGAGUAGUGCGAAGAAACUACUCCUAACAGUCCCCGAUGAGAUCGAAUACGGGCUUCGGGACACGCUUGCAGGUGUCAGUGAUUUGAGAGGAGUUGCCACCUACACUGUACCACGAUUCUGGAUGGGCGACAAGAACACAAACAGUGGGAGUGAACAGGUGCUGGGUGUGAUGCACAUAAUUGCCACACGUGGUUCUGAUCUAGAUGACGUACGAGAGCGAACGAGAGAUUUCCUUCUCAACCACGGAAUCGACGUCGUAGUCCAGGUCGAGAAGGGCGAAGACCAGAGCUGUUGGUGCGGAGGUUCGAGCAGCCGAUCUCCAAGUCAGUCUUUGUACUAGCGUAUUGGUCGGUCACUUUAUAGAAGAUGGCAUAGGCACUUUCUGAUAUAUACAUAUCUGUAACAAGCAUGCAUCUUUGGGAUGGUGUGGCUUGUAGGAUAGGACACUGCAUUCUUGUUGAUUGGCUUAAGUAAUCCUCGUUCGUCUCUGCAGCAUUUAGAUAGAAGUGCUCAAUGAUACCACGUAUGCAAGCCCA